UUUAUCACAAGCGAGUGGCUCGUUAGCAUGGUUAGUUCCUUCGUAAUUUAGCGCUUUAACCAGGUGAGGUUAUCUUUUAUUGUGGAAUACACGCUGCGUCUGGGGUCAAUCUACUUAAAUCUCGUUGGAAAAUGGUCAAAACUGGUUUGGCUUUCUCUGGCGGCGGAGUCCGGUCAGCGGCCUUCUGCUCUGGGGUCCUGCGUAGACUGCUUCAGCGAGAGACCAACUUGGAUUAUCUGAGCUGCGUGUCAGGGGGUGGUUACACAGGCUCUGCGUACAUGGACUGGAAGUACCGUCAUGGCAAGCAAGACAGCAAAGACUGGCACUUCAAAUUCUUUGACCAUCUGCGCCAGCGGAGUGGCAUUUUUUGCGACUGGCAGCGGCCUUUACAUGGAGUAUUUGAUUGUACAGUUCUUUUCUGUCUUCCAGUUUUCGUCACCCUCGUUGUUCCAUGUAUUUUGUGGAGUGCUUACGCAUGCCCACUGGCCUACGCUGUCGACUAUCUUGCGGGGGAUAUCAUUCGGGGCGGAAUCAUAACACAGUGUGACAGCUCAGCGCUACUGGUGAACGAAACAGUCCCAGAAUGCAAAGAGCGACGGGAGAGGAAAGCUAUUACGAGAUUCCUUUUGUUUGGCGCUCCUCUUGUCUUGACAUUUGCUUCUUAUCUCAUUGCGCCAAGGAUACCCGUGUUAAAAAACGCCUCCUCAUUCCUAACCACUGCGUUUGGAGUCAUAUUUGGCCUUGUGUUUUUGCCCUGGUUUUUCCAUGACGUGCUCGAGUUCCUACCUGAUUGGAUGAAAGUUUUAGUCAUUCUACCCACCGUUGUGCUUUGGUUUUCGUUUCCUCUGAUGAGAAAAAAUGCUACGCUUGUCGUAAUUGUGUAUUUCUAUGCGUACAUUAUUGUGAGUAGAGUUUACAAGACAAGCCUCAGUUUUUAUCCGUACACAGACCACUUUUUUGCUCAGCAGUUGUGGGCUUCAGGUUUACUCUUAUGGAUCUCACCUCUCUUAGGAAUGAUACAACAGCGUCUGGGUCAUAUUUACAACAGGUGGCGGCUACAAAAAGCCUUGUUUACGCCAACCAGUCGAGGAUGGUGUGGUUGUGCUGGUAUUUCCUUCCGCGACUUUUUCCUCAGCUGCCCAUAUUUCAAUCACAAACAGCGUCGUAACCUCGACCCCGAAAGACCGCUGACCUUGGAAGAUCUUGAGAACGUCAAGCCUAUCUUUAUCAGCAACGCAGCGGUCAACCGAUGGCGACGCACCACCUCCCCCACGGAACCUGACUACGAAGCACUUAUCAUGUCCCCCCAAGGGAUUGAACGGCUGGACCGACCUGCGCAUGAGCGUGAAUUUGAAGGUAAGCUGAUGCCGGAGGAUAUUUAUUUGUCCGAUGCCAUGGCAACGUCAGCUGCUGCUGUCGAUCAUCACAUGGGCGCCCUGGAAGGUGAAGAGAUGUUUAAAGACCUGAAGGUCACCUUGGGAAUUGCUAUGGGUAACUCUGUUGUCAGCGACCCGAGGCAUGUCAGGAAACUCAAUAUUUGUCUUCAGAUUCUUCCGUACUUUAUUGAGAUAUGCAGAGUCUCUCCACUUUUGAUAUCUUAUGUUCUCUACUACAACUUUGACGGCGACCACUAUCUCACCUUUGGAGUAUUUUGUUUCUUCUUGGUUCUGUUGCUUUUGACCGUAAUCGCCUUGAUACCUACGGGAUCUCCAAAGCCCAACCGUAUGGAGAGGAUGGCCAGGUUCAAAUAUGUCUUUCUUGUUGCCACUAACAAUGAUUUAACGUUCGCCUUUGAGGGUCUGACAAUCUUCGCGGAAGGACAACCUUUGUGGCAUUUAUUCAAGGAUAUUGGUAUCUCUGUGUACUUUGCUGUUCACAUUCCUUACAUCAGUUAUGUUCGGAAAACGCUCGGGAUACUAAACCUGGGGCCCAGUCCUCCUCCUGUGUUGCGUCUGAGUGAUGGCGGCCAUGUUGAAAACCUUGGAAUCCUGCCUCUUCUGAGACUGAGACUAAAAAGGAUCGUCUCUGUAUAUGGUGGAUGUGCAGCUUCAGAACAGGCGUUUUGUAACACCUUGCAGAACGCACUCGAAAUGGCCAGAAAAAAGUUGAGAUGUUCAUUUACAGGUAUGGAUGGUCGAGACAUCAACGAAGACAUUCGAAUGAACUUCGUGGAGAGAAGCCCUGGAAACCAGCCUAGGAGUUACAGGUUCAAAGUUCACUACUUUGACAAAGAUGCAGAAGGAGACGGUGACUACAAAGUCGGUGAGGCAGAAGUGCUUUUCAUUGCUCCAAGACACCCUUAUAAGGGAAUCAGGAUGACGCAACCUAUGACGUGGAAGGAGGCGUUAAGUGACAUUGUCGGAAAUCUUGACGAAGGCUGUUGGGGGACUGGACCAGAGCUUCAGGCAAAGGAGGUCGACAGGCUGACGUUCUGCUGCUGCGAGCGUUGUCAUGGUGACACUUGUAGGAGUUUUUCAGAGGGGAUUUGUGGAGCAUUUCCGCAGCAUUCUACUUCGAAUCAAUUCUACACGCCAGAAUUGUUUGCUGCUUAUCAUAGAGAGGGAUAUCGCGCAUGUUUAGAGGCUAAAGCUGCUGAAUUUCUGAGGAAGCAAUCAGCCGAAAUGCUGGAUGUAAAUCACAUUCGUGUAGAGAAUGUUGACGAAACAGAGAUCUAAGUAAUUCGCAAGAUUUUUGGUAUUUGGUCGAAUGAAACAGUCAGCAUUAGAUUUUUGGCGUAGAGUUAGAUAAUAAAAAAAAAAACACAAUGUUUUUUAAAAAAAUGGUUUAGGGUUAGAAAUUUUUGGGCUCAAAAGCUCGAGUGACCAAACAACGUUUUAAACUAUAGUUUUAUGAAAUGAAAUUUCGAGUAAAGAUUUGUAAACUUUCCCCAGCUGUAGCGAGUUACAGUAGCAGUGCAAUGGAAUGGAAUACAGGACAGUUUUAAGGAAAGUAUUACAGUGCAAAGUAACUGACGUUAAGUGAUGUAGUAGAAUAUUUUUCAAGAUACCUUCAUGCGUGUAUGCCUUUCCUGUGGAUUAGAAUUUCACCUGCAAGAUACCCACACAAGUUGUCAUACAAUCGUAAAAAAUAUUCAGUUGUAUUUGAAAUGUCGUUCAGAGGCGUUAAACAAGAAGAAUAUGAAGUAAAUAUUGAGUGUUCAAAAUU